CACGGCUCGAUCGGUGGAGUUCCCCUAGUUACCUAGUGCCUGGCUAAGGAGCCAUAGAUCGAUAUUUAGCGAUAAACCCGGAGACGCACGGCGCACUAGCAAGCCUGGGCAUGCUUUAAAACAUUCAUCCAACCAGUGCUCGGAGCUUGGUAGUCCAACGCCAAGCUGAUCUCCAGGUUUCAAGUAAAAGCUCCAAUGUCGGAGGCGACGUUGACCGAGUUUCAAUGCCCUACUUAAAUAUCUCCAAGAGUAGAUGUCCAACGUUUCUUUGGUUGCAAUAUACAUACCUUCUAAGAGAAUGAACUCGUAAUCAUAUUGCUGUCGUGUUACCAUUGCAGCUAAAAUAUCUCAAAUAUAUACCUAAUACUCGAAGGUUCGUUGGUUCGAAGAUCUGACGUAUCGAGGGAUAAUUUACCUUGUUUACCUACACCGGUCCUUGAAGCGAUCAGCUAUCCGUCUAGAGGAACCGUCACGAACCAUCACCGUCAGACCGACGGCUUGUCGAAUCGUUCCGCGUAACGCGGCCUAAGGGCCUUCGACGACGAUGGACUCGAGUAAAGAGCAGUUGCUGAGUCUAGGCUCGGACUACGAGCAAAACCGUUUCCGACGUUCCUACGACGCUCGCGAGUCGUUCGACCUCGACUCGGACCUCGACGCGACCGACUUCCUCCAAUCCGACCCCCUCACGUCCACCAAACCCUCCACCGGUGCCUUCUCCACCCAGCCUCGUAACCGUUGGCUGCGGAAACCGUGCGGGUGCCUCGCCGGCCGCUCGACCAGAUGCAUCAUCGGCUGCCUAGGUAUCUUUGCCCUAGUAUGGCUAGCCCUCGGCGCGGGCGGCUUCUUCGCGUUCAAGAAAUACAAACAAUCGCCUCCGGACGGGUUAUCGCCGCCGUGGUACCCGACCCCGAAAGGCGGGUCGUCUAGGAGCUGGGCUGACAGCUACCGGAAAGCGAGCGAGAUGGUAGCUAAGAUGACGCUACCGGAGAAGGUGAACGUGACGACGGGAACAGGGUGGGCGAUGGGUCCGGCCGUAGGCAAUACCGGCCCCGCAAUCCACGUAGGAUUCCCGGCUCUGGCCCUUCAAGAUGGUCCAUUGGGCAUUCGGUUUGCCGAUAACGCCACCGCAUUCCCCGCCGGCGUGACGGUCGGCGCGACGUGGAACAAGGAGCUGAUGUACCAAUGGGGGAACGCCCACGCCAUCGAGGCCAGGAAGAAAGGCAUCAACGUGAUCCUGGGCCCAUGCAUCGGUCCGCUGGGUCGCAUGCCCGCGGGCGGAAGAAACUGGGAAGGCUUCGGAGCGGAUCCCUACCUACAAGGUAUCGCGGCGGCCGAAUCUAUCAAAGGAAUCCAGGACGAGGGCGUCAUGGCUACCAUCAAGCAUCUCGUAGCAAAUGAGCAGGAACACUUCCGCCAGCCGUGGGAAUGGGGCCUUCCGAACGCGAUCAGCUCCAACAUCGACGACCGAACGAUGCACGAAUUAUACCUGUGGCCGUUCGGGGACUCCGUCAAGGCCGGUGUGGCGAGCGUCAUGUGCAGCUACAACAUGAUCAACAGCUCGUACGCUUGCGGCAACUCGAAGCUGCUCAACGGCCUGCUGCGGGACGAGAUGGGCUUUCAGGGUUUCGUGAUGAGCGACUGGCUUGCGCAGAGAAGCGGCGUCUCCACCGCUCUGGCUGGUCUGGACAUGACCAUGCCCGGCGACGGAGAGUUCUGGCAGAACGGCAAAUCCUUUUGGGGUCCCGAGCUGACGAGAUCUAUCCUUAACGGGUCGGUGCCUCUCGACAGGCUGAACGACAUGGUAACCCGGAUCGUCGCGGCGUGGUACCAGCUAGGUCAGGACGACGAGGCAAAAUAUGACCGCAAAGGUCCCAACUUCUCGUCGUGGACGAACGAUCCCGAAGGCGUCUCCGCGCCUGGUAGCCCCACCGAGCAGGAAACGGUCCCGGUAAACAAAUACAUCAACGUGAUGGGAGACCACGCGUCGAUAGCGCGGCAGAUUGCAGCUGAGGGGACUAUCCUUCUUAAGAACGACGGCUUGCUGCCGCUCACUCGCGCCGAUUCCCACUCCAAUGAGACGCGACGACGCGACGGCCCGUUGCAGAUCGCCAUAUUUGGCGAGGACGCGGGUCCCGGCGAAGGACCCAACCGAUGCCCAGAUCGUGGGUGUAACCAAGGCACGCUGGCUUCGGGCUGGGGUUCUGGUUCCGUCGAGUUCCCCUACCUCGUCACACCGGUCGAAGCUUUAUCCAAGAGCUGGGAAGAUGAUGAGAGCGUGAAGGUGUCGACUUACCUCACGAAUAAGCCGCCGUUCGCAAAGCAACCCGAGAUCUUGCAAGACGCUCAGCUGUGCAUCGUAUUCGCGAACGCCGACUCUGGCGAAGGGUACAAGGCCUGGGAGGGCGUGAAGGGCGAUCGUCCUGACCUUUUCUUGCAGAAGGGAGGAGACGACCUCAUCGUCCAAGUCGCCCAAGGAUGCCACGGCGGUGACGGGGAUGUGCUCGCCGUCAUUCAUACGGUCGGUCCCGUCGUGAUGGAGAAGUGGAUCGGCCUACCCAACGUCAAGGCAGUACUCCUCGCGAACCUGCCCGGCCAAGAGAGCGGAAACGCCCUCGCAGACGUCAUCUUCGGCGACGUUAACCCAAGCGGGAAGUUACCUUGGACUAUCGGAAAGACCUUGGACGACUACGGAGACGGCGCUAAGAUCAUGUACAUACCCAACGGCGUCGUGCCGCAACAAGACUUCAAAGAGGGCCUCUACGUCGACUACCGACACUUCGACAAGUACGAUAUAGAGCCACGCUUCGAGUUCGGAUUCGGCUUGAGCUAUACUACCUUCGACUUCAGCGACUGCGUAGUGAAGGAACUUAAGAAGAAAAGCACCUUCCCCGCGCCGCGGCCUAAGGAUUUCGCAGUCCCGCCCGAAUACGACGCUACCAUUCCUGACGAGGAGGAGGCGCUUUUCCCAGAUGGUUUUCGAAAGCUCGAGAAAUAUGUCUAUCCGUAUCUCGAUACUAUUGACGAUAUAGUGUCUGACCCGUAUCCCUACCCCGACGGGUACGAUGUUAAGCAACCGCCCUCCGGCGCAGGAGGUGAGGAGGGUGGAAAUCCCGACCUCUGGGAGACAUACGUCACAGUGUCUGUUAACAUCACGAAUACCGGCGAUAGGGCAGGCAAGGUCGUGCCGCAGUUAUACCUAGAAUAUCCACAAGGAGUCUCUGCGGUCGAUUUUCCGGUGAAAGUGCUGCGCGGUUUUGACAAGUUACUGCUAGAGAAGGACGAAGCUAAGACGGUUACGUUCAAUCUGACGAGACGUGACUUGAGUUUCUGGGAUAUCGAUGCACAAAAUUGGGCUAUGGUUGACGGCGAAUAUAAGUUCCUGGUCGGUCAGAGUUCAAGGGAUCUGCCUGCUUCCGGUAGAUGGUAGUUUCGACAUGGCAAAUCUGUCUUGAUAAUUAUUCCGCAGGGGCAUUGGAGAUAUAGCGCGGAUUAUAGUGUAGACGAGUUUUAGCUCUGGAUUUACGAUAUAGGAAAAAGGGGUAGGCGUUGAAGGAAAAUCAUUAAUUCAUUCUCUAUCUUUAUCUAU